AGCUAUUAUACCCCAAUCAGCAAAUAGCAAAUCACUCACUCUCAACACAAUAUACGUGUAGCCCAUGCACUGUGCUACAUGUACGACAGCUGCUGUAUGUUUCUGUUUUGAAUGGUGUAUUUUGGGGCUAGAAUGUUUGCUUUUGGAGACAGUCAUGUUGUAUAGCUUUAAUAUAUCCUGCCAGGAUAUUGAAUAGGAAGACUACAGCGUCAACGAUCCAAUCAAAUUCAGGAUUUAGGAUCAUAUCAACGAUUCAUUGUCAAGAUGGGCAAUAAAGUCAGCCCAGGCUAUGACCCGAAUAUCGGAAAAGAUUUGGAGAAAAUUUUACGUGAGGAAUAUUUGUUUUCAGGAUCAUUGAGUAAGAUCAAAUUUAAAGUGUCGACGAACGAAUCAUUUCGUCAGCUGAUAAAAGCUUUAGAGAGCCAUGCACACAGUGAAGCCCAUAGAAAAGCCAAGAGCAAAGCCAAGGGUCAAGACCAGAGCCAUGUCCAGAGCCAGGUCAAGAGCGAAGUCAAGAACGAAGUGAAGAACGAAGUCAAAAGCGAAGCCAAGAGCAAGGAAGUCUCGUCCCAAAAUCAAAAAGCGGAGACCAAAGAAUCCGAUGAUGAUGAUGAUGUUGAUGAAACUCCAAAAGUUGGAGAUAGAGCACUGGUGCAUUGGUACGGUAACGGCUGGUUCACUGCUACUAUUGAGAGCUGGGUACCUGCUACCCUAAGCUACAUGAUUCGUUGGACCGACGGAAAUUGGGCACCAGAAGCAGCAAAAUAUGAUAACUUGUGUGUUGAUAAGGUACCAAGUACAUCUUCUGUUGGAGUCGGGACAAAGGUUCUCUUUAAGCAAGGCCUCUAUUACUGUGGUAAGAAUGACGAUGGCAGCAUCUGUGACCCCAGUGGAAGGACCCUGUCAAAUGCUAAAAAGGCGGAGCUAGCAGCACUGAACCAGAUAUCUGAUCGAUGGCACAUGGGCAAAAUAACAAGCAUCACUAAGAAUGAAAAAGGUAUACCCAGAUACCAUGGGAAACAUGUAGAUCGAAGUGAUAGACAAGCUUCCAUGACCAACUAUGUCGGAUAUACUGCAACUUUCAACGAUCUCAGGAUAGACCAACUGCGGGUAAUUCCGAACGUUUUCAACGUUGUAGAUUCUGAUAAAACAAAGAGUAACAGUAAGAAUACAUCAUGUGAAGUGUUUGUAUCCAAAGUUGCUAAAGAUACCGAGAUUGUUCGACGGAUAACAAAGAAAUUUGCUGACAAGUAUGCUGUAGGAGAAUCAAGUCAUGGCCAAUCAGCAAAUGAAGUUCAGUCAGUUGUGCAACUCAUCAAGAAUUGUUCGGUCUAUCUAGUUUGCCUGAGUGACAACUUCAUCGAUGACAGUCAAGCCAUGUCCGAGCUUUUGUUCGCUAAGAAGACAUUGCGAAAAACAGUUAUCCCUGUCGUUCUUGGUAGCAGUCAUAACUGGCUUCAGACGACCGCUGGCAUGCUUCUUGCGGGACAACUUUACAUACAAUUUGCGAGUUCUGAUGUGUGGCAAGAGAAAGCUGAAGAACUUGAAGCCAACUUGGAGAAGCUAGUCAUCUCCAAUGGUAAUGCUUCAUCAAAAAAGAAAUCGUCAAAUGGAGGAAUUCCUCCCCGCGUGUUCCUGUCUUACUGCUGGACCAACUCAAAGUCUUGCUUCGAUGCUGGACAAGUCAAAAGUUUGACUGGCCACCAAUUUUCUGAUCCUCGGAAAAUAAAGGAAGACAUUGAAGAGGUGAUAGGCGAAAAGAUAUGGCUUGACGUUGAACAGCUGAACAGUGUUGAUGAUUCCGGUAUGUUUGGACAAAUCACAGAAGGGCUGAUAAAGAGUGCAGUGGUGAUCAUGUGUGUUUCAAAGGAGUAUACGGACAGUCAGAACUGUACGAUGGAAGCAAACUUUGCUCUCCGAUCUCUUAAGAAGAAAGCCGUCGUGUUAGAGGUGGGUUCAGGAAAGAAGGAGGAUAGAAGUGCAUGGAAGGCCAGCAGUGUUGGAGCGACCCUGAUCAAAGAUCAUCAACCAUUCGUUAUGACUAUAGAUACCACGAACUCUACCGAUAGCUACAACUACAACAUUAAGAUGAUCGGCCAGCAUUUGAAGGAAACGGUACUCACUGAACCACCGAAUGCGCCAUCAGUACUCAAUGAAACGUAUGACGGAAGCGAUAGUACCUUGAGAGCUUCAAUCCCGAUGGUUGGAGAUGCCGUGAUUGCACAUUACUCGGCAUGGCAGUUUUAUCCAGCCGUGGUCGCACAAUUCGACAAGUCUAGUUUGAAGUAUACAGUUGACUGGGAUGAUCCAGACCCAAGUUGCAGGGUUCAGCCCUACGAUCUUGUUGCCAUGAACAUCACUCCGACAGAAGAUCUGAUUGGUGUCGGUACCAGGGUGUUGUUCAAGCAAGGUAGAUACCAGUUUGGAGGUUCCACCGGUGAUAUCUGGAAUCUUGGCGAGAUAACCAGAAUAUACAUUGAAGGUGGUCAAAAGUUCUACGACGGGAAGCAUGCUAAGACGGCCCAAGAUGGUUUAGCUGUUGCUGGUUGGUCGGGGUUCAGUCCCACAUUUGAACGGUCAAAAUGUGAAGAAUUGAGACUGUUCCCUAACGCAAUCGAAAUGCUACAAGCUUACAAGAAUCUCUGAAGGAUCCGGUAGUCACUCAGGACAAGAAAUCUUACCUUAAACUGAAUGUAGAUAUUGAUGUAAAGCUAUCACCUUGAUUGUAUUAUGAUGAAUGCGAAUGUCAAAAAUUCAUUAUUAUGGAAAUUUCGUAUUUAAAAAAAGUUUUUAAAAAUGCAGAUAUCUAUAUUUAUAAUCAUGACUCUAACUUUUAAGUGUAAAUUUUGUAAAAGUCGUGUCAUCAUUGUAAAUAUGUAAAUUUAGUGCAAAUUCACGUAUACCUGUGUCAAUUAACAGUUCAAUUUUCAGUGUGUGAUUAUUAUUUUAAUGAUUUUUAUUUACUCGAAAUCUUUGUAAUAUUGUUGAUUACCGGCAGAAUGAUACUUUCUUGAUUUAACCAAACGAUUGAUUUCAAUCAAAACAGUGUGUGCAAACUUCCAAAUGCAUUUGAAAUUAUGAAUGAAAAAUAAUGUUUUUAAUAUGACAAAUAAACAACGCCUUACAACUUCUGUAUACAAGAGGUCAAUGCAGGUUUAGUCUAAGUCUACGGAAUUGCUCUAUGGGAAGAUGAAAUCUGAGUUGAGGCACUACACUGACAAAUGUUAUCAAGUUCAUGUUUUGGUUGUUCAUUUUCAAAUUGUUAAUAUAUAUUGUAAAUAUCGCGAUAUAUUUAUGAUUAAAGGAAAAGGCAUGAAUAAAAAAAAGUUUGAACUUUUGAUAAGGUUCAAAUAUAUUGUAAUAUCAAUGUACUAAGCUCACUACAUGGACCGAACAUACUUGGAAAUUAUACCCUUUAUACUGAUACCCCUUAUCAUGCUGAUAUACACUGUAAGUAAAUAGGAUAUGUAAUCAUUUCAAGUAGCCCCACGCGUGGAAAUUACGAGCUGGUAGCUAUCUCCUAAACCUUGGCCGAAUACCAACCGCUCCAGCCAAAAAGGAAGUACCACAUUUCCCCCAGCCUGGCAAAAAGUCCAACAUUUUUUAAUAUUUCAGACCUUCAAAAAGUGAGUUUGCGUGGGUGUUCACGUCUGCGUCUGAAUUAACACGACAGUGCUCUUGACUUUGUAAUGUUGAUGUAUAGAUUUGAACAUCAUGGUGAGGUGGUUUUAACAUUAUGAGCUUGAACUCUUUGAUGAAGAUCUGAUUGUUUAUCCGUGAUGAUUUUCCUGAGGACAAUGGUAACAUCAAAAGAAAUAUAGAAUUAAUGAGAAAUUAUAUAUUCCAUGAUUUUUCCUUGGUCAUUCAUUACCUCACAGUAUUCUGCACUUCUCCAUUUUCUUAAAGUAUUCCAAAAUAUAUUUACCUUGAAUUAUUAUAGUAAGAUAUGAUUUGCUUUUAUAAUUAUCGUUGACCUAACUUAUAGGAUAAUCAAUGAAUAAAAACGUCAUUACGUUUACAUGUUUUACAAGCAAAUUAUUGAUUUUAACAGAUAUUUUAUUGCAAUAUACGUUUUUAUUUCAAUUUGUAUAGUAUUGUCAUAUGUGGUUUUAUUUCGUUGUAUUCACUGCAUUCUGGACAGAUUAUGUUUUCAUACGGUGUAAAAAAUAGUGCUAAACUGAUCGAAAUAUGCUACAAGAACGAAGGGAGAAAUAGUAAAGUCCAUGUAAGUAUACACAUCAGUGACGUUAGAGCCCAAUAUCAUUUUUUAAAAAUGCAUUCAGGCUUGGCCUACUACUGUAAUGAUAAAAAGCAACAUGAAUUAGGAGUCAUGUGAAAUGUACUCUUAAUCACAGGCCUAGCAUCUUACAGAUUACAAUCCUGCGCCUGUUCUUCGUGUAAACAUUAAGUCGAUUCAGGCAGACACACAUUAAAUUUCAUUGCAACUGUA